CUCUGGAGUAGUGGCCGCCGCUUUGAACUUGCCUUUAGUCUGACUCAACGAACCGAGUCUUGAUAAGACUAUAAGAUGCACUAAAACUUAAAAUGGGCGCAAUCACUCCAGAGACGCCACCAGUCGAACAGUACUCGACACUCGUUUCUCUUUUGCAUCGCGGCUAACUGCAAGAUGCAUAAACCCUAUAGAACUUUGAGGAUUACGUAGCGCUUUACGAUUGAGGCACCGCGUAAUAUAGCUCGACUGCUUUGCGGUUCCAUGAUCGGGCGGAUUAGGCUGGUCAGGAUUUAUAUCCCCAAGAGGGGGCAGAACGAAAGUCAUUCAUCACACUCGUUCGAUCGCAUUGCUUGACAUUCGUUUCGUACUUCUAGUUUGUCUCAUUCGUUUCAGUCUUUCCUUCUAUCCUAAUCCGAGCGAUAGCCGUCAUGAGAUCUCUCCUCACAUUCAUUUGGUUGGCGGCACUUACAACCGCAAUUUCAACCUUGGAUACUGAAGAUCAACUCGAUCCAGUUCUUGAUGCCAGAUCCACGCCAGCCUUCUCCCCUAAAGCGCCAUUUCAUACGACAUCUAAUCUCAAUAAGGGACGAGUAGCCUACCAUCCGUUCUCUGAUCAUUUUUCUUCACUUCGUCACUACGCAUCACCUGGUCAUAGCCCAUCGUCUGGGCAGAACCCAUCGUCUGAUCACAACCCAUCGUCUGAUCACAACCCAUCGUCUGAUCACAACCCAUCGUCUGAUCACAACCCAUCGUCUGGGCAGAACCCGUCGUCUGACCACAACCACUCGAACGGCCAAAACACACCGUCGAAGGAGAAACAACCGUUGAAUCAUGUCAAGCCGUCGAGUUCGACUAAAAGAUCAAGCUCUACUAAGCCAACUACGUCUCCGAAGACGACUAUAUCUCGAACGACAACUACGUCAAUCAAGACAACUACCUCCACCAAGCUAUCUACCCUCCCCGGGUCGUCGGAUUCAGCCACAUCGUCAAGUUACACCGAAUUGUUGAGCUCCUUCAAAUCUACAAGCUCAAUCAAGCCAACAUCCACUUCCAGCAGUGCGAUCGCAAUCUCCACCUGUGCUGGCAAUACAGCAGACGAGCGCACAAAAUGGUGUGAUUUCAGCAUCGACACGGACUGGAACGAGGAAGCACCUAACACCGGUGUCACUCGGGAGUAUUGGCUUGACAUCACUAAUAUAACGGUCUCACCUGACGGUUAUGAGCGCAUCGCUCUUUCUGUCAAUAAUUCCAUUCCGGGACCGACUAUUGAGGCCAAUUGGGGAGACACUGUGAAGAUCCAUGUCAAGAACAGCCUCACCAACAACGGCACUACCAUGCACUGGCACGGGCUAAGGCAGAAUUAUACUGUUCAGCAAGACGGUGUUCCGUCUAUAAUUCAAUGCCCCGAUGCGCCUGGAACCACACACACAUACACCUGGCGCGCCACUCAGUACGGUACUAGCUGGUACCACUCCCACUACGCGCUUCAAGCCUGGGCGGGUGUCUUUGGACCUAUCGUGGUUCAUGGCCCUGCAACAGCCAAUUACGACAUUGACCUAGGUCCCAUCAUGGUCACAGAUUGGAGUCACAAGACAGUCGAUGCGCUCUACACGUCCGCUCAGACAGAUGGUCCACCUACUCUGGAUACUGCUCUGAUCAACGGAAAAGGCACCUUCAAUGGCACCGGUGAACGUUAUGAAAUGUCUUUCGAGCCCGGCAAGAAGCACCGCAUGAGGUUUGUCAACUCAGCCAUCGAUACGGCUUUCAAGCUUUCUCUUGAUGGCCACAACAUGACAGUUAUUGCCAUGGACUUCGUACCAGUGGUACCAUUUCAGAUCGAUGUGUUGGAUAUCACAAUGGGUCAACGCUACGACGUCAUUGUUGAGGCUAACCAGACGGCUACGGACUACUGGUUUCGAGCUAUCCCCCAAGCGUCGUGCUCCGAGAAUGACAACACUAACGAUAUCCGGGCUAUUGUACGGUACAGCAACAGUUCGACUGCAGAUCCAACAACCACAGCAUGGAACCAGACAGACGCCUGCGUUGACGUGAGCUAUUCUUCCUUGGUGCCACACGUUUCUCACACUGUGGUCAGCCCAGCACUGCAAGACACAACACUCGGCAUCACCGUCGGCAAAGAUAACAGUAGCUUGUUUAAGUGGACGAUUGGCAUGGAUAGUAUGAAGGUGAUCUGGAACAAUCCGUCACUCUUGCAGAUUGCUGAAGGCAACGCGACGUGGGAGACCGCAGAGAAUGCGUACCUGCUGCCCAACGCCAACCAAUGGGUGUACUGGGUGAUUGACACACAGCUACCAAUCCCACAUCCGAUCCAUCUGCACGGCCACGACUUUUACAUUUUGGCUCAAGCAGCAGGUGCGACAUAUAAUGCGUCUACAGUGACCCUGAAUCUGGCCAACCCGCCGCGACGAGAUGUGGCCACCCUGCCUGCAAGCGGAUAUCUGGUCAUCGCGUUCUAUACCGACAAUCCCGGAACAUGGCUGAUGCAUUGUCAUAUCGGCUGGCAUGUUGCUGAAGGACUGGCCGUACAAUUUGUAGAACGCCAGAGUGAAAUCGCUGCACUACUGGACACAGCUGAAAUCAAGUCAACAUGCGCUGCUUGGGACAAAUUCAACUCAGAUACUCUUGAUAUUGAACAGGAUGAUUCCGGGGUAUAGACGUUCGGGAUCCUCUCAUGUCUCGAGAAACUCUUAGAACUCCGGCCGCAGGAUCAAUGCGUGGUCAUAUUCUGUGACGGCGUGGGCUGCUGUAGUAUACUGAUAGCUACGGUGAACGAUAGUGUAGGACUAUCGGGUCGAUGCAUUACUGCGCUGAGUUGCUAUCUAGUAAGGAGAAGACGAAUAUAUACUGACUCUGGAACGUGCUAGUCCAGAACAGUCUAGUCUAAGCAAGGGUAGGGUCUUGUAUGGACCGACUAAUACUGCAACAUUUUCAGUCUGCACAAUGUUACAACCUCUCUUUUUCCUGAA